AUGGACAAUGCCACCCCAUUCCAAGUCCAUGCCGAUGCCCUCGCACACUAUGAUCCCUCACAUUUAAAUCAACAAAUAUCUGACGAUCAAGACUUUGAUGCUGCAGUCCCACCUCCUCUGACUACCUACAUUCCUCAUGGGACUGGCAACAUUGCUCCAAACAAAUCUGCAGCUGCUCAACUUCCAGAUCUUGAGAGGAAAAUGGCACAGCAGCAAACCAAGUUUGCUACAGUUCACCUCGCAAAGGGCUAUGAUGGGACCAAAGAAGCGACAACCCGAUUAUUCGCCGAACUCGAAGAAUGUGCUGCAGCUGUCACCACCAGGGCUUCACCACACACCAUCGCCAAGCGAACCCUUGUCAUGGCUUGGUGGAAUUUGCAAAGCAUCGUGCCCAAGAGUAAAUUCAACAAGCAGAUCAAAGCUCGCACCCUCAGCAAUCUUUGCACGAUUUUCAUCGUCAUCAUCAGCAAUUACACCAUCGAACCCAGCACUCUCAAAAGGGCAGGCCAGGCACUGCUCACAAAGUAUGGAUAUUACAAUUACCUCCGAGACCAGGUCGUGCAUUCGAGGGGAUCGACCCAAGGACCGACACAUGCAAAAUGGCGAGAAUUGGGAUUUUUUAUCAAAUUAAAACAUGUUCGUGUCUUUAGAAAGGGCGAAAAUACUUGGAGUGUUAUGGUAUAUUUCAGGGAGUUCAAGUGUGCCAUCGGUACUGCUACUGGUGACGAACAAACCCAUGUUUUGGAAGGUGUUUGCCACCCCCAUAACAUCUUAUUUGAUCCCACUGUCGUCUUAAUCGCCCACCUUUUUCUUCGCAAUGCAUUUGCAAAGAAAUACGAGAGCAUCACAGAUCUCUGCAAGGACGAUAGUGUGGAAUUCCUUAUUGAUGAGGAUAUGAAGGACGAACCACUCUUUCUGGCAUCCGAACCAGGUGGCAGGUCCUUUUCAGUUCCCCAUCGAGCAGCAAUGGCACAUUCAGUAUCGGAUUCUUCAUCUCAUUGGCUUGAGCAAGCCAGCCUUCCUACCUCUGGUGUGACUGCUUGGCGAAGAGAUGCUGGCAACAUGUAUGCUUUACAAUUGGGGGAGAGCAUUGCCAAAGAUUUAAUGAACCAUGUGACAACUGGUGUUUUUCGUGCCAGCUACUCUCGCAACACAAACAAUAUUUCGACAGUCAGCAUCAGGGUAGCUGGCACAAAGGAAACUAGACCAGUGAGUGGCAGGGAUGAGCAAAAGGCUGCUGAAUCCAACUUUAUGAAAAAGACUGCUUUCCAAUUACACCUGGAGAACCGACGACGGGGAUCGAACCCGCAACUUCCGCCUGCUACUUUUUUC